AUGCCGCAUAGAUUAGACGCACCCGUCUUGACAGUGGAUGCCAACGUUAUCCAUAAGGUUGACACCGCCAAUCCAGCUAACCUGUUUGGCAUGUGGACUGUCUUCUCCCGCUGUGCCGACUCUCUCGAACAAGGACGCAGAUUAGAAAACCUCAGCUGGAGAAUCUGGCAGAGGGAGCAGCUCGUCGAGAACGAGAGGCGACUUGAAGCCUCCGCCUCCUCUACCACCUCCAUCACCUCCAACACAAACACCUCCCCUGUGGCCACCAGCUGGCGCCCGCAAGACCUUCCACAGCUUUCCGGCAGCGUUGACUCGCUCGUCGACGACGACGCUACCGAGUUUGUUUCCGAGUCUGCCCCUCUCGAGAUCCUUCGCCCCAGGAUACACCGCCUGGACUCGACUACCAGCAGUCGCAGCAGACGCGACCGCCACCUCAGCUCCGACGACUUCAAGCAGCUGUUCGUCUCUAUUGUGAACGACACUGCUCCCCUCUCCGCACCCACAGCAACCUGCCCUCUUACCACCGUCAAGAAGGAGACAGCUCCUAUCGUCCCAGCCCCGACCCCAGCUGAGCCCAACACCAUCAACAUGUCUACCGAACUCGCACCAGCUGCUACCAACCGUGUUCCCCCUCCUUCUCAAGUUCCCGUCCGCGAUUCGUUCCCCCAGCCUUCACAUGCUGGCUCCGCCGAGGCUGCUAUCCCUGAGCCCGAGGCGGCUCCCGCUCACCAGCCCGUUGCCCAGAAGAAGGCGCCCGCUAAGUUUGCUCUUGGCGGUUCCUGUUCUUCUAGCGAGCAUGGCACGAGCGUGGAUAUGUCCAAGUCUGGCCUGAUGCCUCCUCCCACCAAGGCCAUGUUCCAGAUUGGUGGCUCCUCCGAGUCUGCCUCCUCCGAGUCUGCCUCCUCCAAGAGCGACAUCCAACCCACCAAAGUCGUCAUUCCCCAGAAGAUGAAGCAGAUCAUGACCUCCACCCGCCGUAGCUCUCAGCUCGAAUCCGAGAGCGCAAUCGACUCUGAUACCGAGGAUGAAUACGUUGACGAGAGUGCCAUCGAGGACGACGACUCUUCUGAAUGGGAGGAUUCCAUGGAGGACAGCGGCAAAUCGAGCGUCGACGACAAGUUUUUCCAGCGUGUCGAGUCCAAGGCCAACCUGGUUUCCCGUCCAUCUCUCAUCACUCUGAUGCUUGCACAGAACGAGCGCCAGAAGAAUCUCGGCAACCAGGCCUCUCAAUCUGCCUCGGCCAUCAUGCGCAGGCGCGUCGGACCCAGCGCUCCUACCCUAGGAGCCUCCCCCAACGACUCGGACGAAGGCCCGCUGAUGAUGAAGGGCAUGCGACCUUCCAACCUCAAGCCUAUCAUUGAGGUGCCCCGGUCGAGCGCCCAGCCCAUCGUGGCGCCUACCAACUACGUUCAUGCCCAAGCUGCUCUGUCGCCGCGAACCACUCGCCGGAACAUGCUUGCUACUGAGCUCACCGAGUCCCUCCGUCGCCAUCUUCUCUGGGAGCGCCAGCAGAAGACGUCGACCGCCAACGCUGUCCUUAAGCGCCGACAUACCUCGCACGAUGUCGCCAACCUGAAGCAGUACCCAGAGAAGCCUUGCUUGAAGCAAAGCGAAGAUGCCAACGCGAGCAGCUGGAACCAAUAUUUCAACAAGGACACCUUCGACGGCUACCACUCCAAGGGGUGGUAG